UUAUAUAAGACCUGCCUUCCAUGGUAAAAAGGAAGAGAACUGGGACAAAUUCAUCCAACUCUGAAACUGAACAAAAACAAGGACUCCUGUUGAAAAGUGAGGCCAUUAUGGCUCUGAAGAAUUCCCAUAUGGCACUUAUUCUGCUGGGGUUGUUUCUAGUGGGACUGGUCCAUCAAUCAGCUGGCAAAGAAUCCCCUGCAAAGAAGUUUCAGCGGCAGCACAUGGAUUCAGAGAACUCGUCCGUCACUGACCGCAACUACUGCAACCACAUGAUGAAAGCCCGGAACAUGACAAAAGGGAGAUGCAAGCCUGUUAAUACUUUCAUACACGAGCCUAAGGAAGUAGUCGAUGCUAUCUGUCAGGAGCCUAACAUCACCUGCAAGAAUGGGCAGCCCAACUGUCACCAGAGCAGCAAGCCUAUGAUUCUCACCCACUGCCGCCAGACUGGAGCUUCCAAAUACCCUAACUGUCAGUAUCGGGCUUCCCAACUUAACAAUAGUAUCAUUGUGGCCUGUGAGGGGAAAGUUUAUGUGCCUGUGCACUUUGAUGCUUAUGUGCAAAAUGGGGCCUGAUUCUGAAGAAAAUGGUAUUCCUCCAUACUUCCAUAUACCAUCAUUGCCCUCACUGCUUCCUCCUCCCUGACAACGCCUGAAAUAGCAUCUUUCUCUUCCACCAUCCCUCUGCACUUCCACUGAUGCAUAUCUUUCCUCAAGCUUUUAGUUCCUGGGAUCAGACUGUGAGUGGGUAUUCCUCUAAGCAUCCCCUCCAGUUUGGGGAUAUGUUUUGUGUGUGUGUUUGUGUGUGUGGAGGAAAGUACAAUGACUAUCCCAGUUGUUAUACUCCUUCCUUGCUAUCCUUAAUAAAACAUACCUGGUCCCAGGUAAAGUUGCUAAA